AUGGCCUCUCUGGAGGAGGAGCUGACCUGCUCGGUGUGUCGAGAUGUCUUCACCCAGGCCCAUCCCCUGCCCUGCGGUCACAGUUUCUGUCCCACCUGCAUCCGCGAGUCCUGGGUUGUUCAGAGCACCGAGGGUGAGAACAAACCUCGCUUUACCUGUCGACAGUGCCAGGAGGAGCACGGCAUGGUACCGUGUGACUGCUGUCCGUCCGACACGGAGGAGGAGCGGGCGCCCGCCGCCGUCAAGACCUGCCUGAGGUGUGAGGUGUCGCUGUGUGCCCAGCAUCUGCAGCCCCAUCUGGAGAGACCAGCGUUUAGCAGCCACCUGUUGGUGGACCCGCUAGGGGACCUGUCCCAGAGGAGAUGCCCAACACAUACGGAGAUGUUUCGCUACUACUGUGCUGAUGAACGGGUAUAUGUGUGUGGUGACUGUCUGCUGGAGGGAGGCCAUGCCCAGCACAGAGUGAAGGCACUCAGACAGGUGGAAGAAGACCUAAAGUUCAUUCUCCAAACCCUUCUUCAGAAAGCAGAAGAGAAGCUCCAAGAAGGAGAGCGGAUACUCAAGGAGCAUCAGAAUGUGAACCGCAUGAUGAAUGACUUGUCAGAGGCUGAUGACACCCAGGUGCAGCGCCUGGGCUCAGCCUUGCAGGUCCAGGUGGAGAGGCUGAUGGUGGCCCUGAGGGAUAUCACCAAGAAAGAGAGGCAGGAGGCCAUUGGGCACGUGCAGGAGGACUGUUCCAGGGUGAAGGAAGACCUGCUUAAGACACAGAGCAUCGAGCGCUACCUGUCCUCAUUACUAGGGGAGACUGACCCCUUCCUCCUCAUCUGGGCUUUUCAGUCAGAUGACACAAAGUUACUGGAAGACCUGAACUGCCCCUUGUUCACCCCUGACCCCAUCAGCCUGGACAGGAAGUUCAUCUUGGAGCUGGUGGAGAACAAAUAUCGACAGUUCAUUACUGAGACUCUACGCUGCCUCAGUGAACUCAAGAGAGAACUUUUAACCAGCCCACUGAGUCUGGACACCAACACAGCCCAUCCUCUCCUGAGCAUCUCUGAUGACCUGCGCACAGUCACGCGAGUUAAAACCCGUCUGCCGUGUGCCACUCACCCAGAACGUUUUGACCACUGGACGCAGGUCCUCACAGUUCAGACCUUCUCCUCAGGGACUCACUACUGGGAGCUGGAGGCUGAGGGAUUUUGGGACAUCGGCAUUUGCUACAGAAGCAUUGGACGAAAGGGGAAGGAGGGGAACGCCUUUGGGAACAACAAGGUGUCCUGGAGUUUGACACAACAGCAUGACAGGAAGCUAGCUGCCUGGCACAACCGCAGGAAGACCCGCCUCUCCUCUCAGAUGAUUGGCAACCGUGUCGGCUUGGCUUUGGACUGCAGCGCAGGCACCAUUACCUUCUCUGAGGUGGGGACCUCCGGCAACCUCUCCCACCUCCACACUUUUUCAACCACCUUCACCCAGCCUGUGUGCCUGGGCUUUGGACUCUACAAGGCCGAGCUAAACAGUCGCAUCUCUAUUGUCAAAUUCUGA